AUGACGGCUCAAGCGCCCAGUGGUGAAGUUCAGGCGGCAACAACGACUGCUGCGGCAUCCAACACGGGAUGGUGGAAGAUUCGUUACUUCCAGGGAAUGAAAAAUGACAUUGAAAGACGAGCACCAUAUUAUUGGAGUGAUUGGAGGGAUGCAUGGGACUAUCGUGUCAUUCCAGCAACUGUAUACAUGUUCUUUGCGAAGUAUGACUCCAGCCGAUGCCCUUAA